CGUACCCCACCGACCCCGCAGGGUGGCCCCGCCCCGGGGCAGCGGGGAGGCCCCACCGUGGGGGGCGGAGUUGGCGCCUCUCUCGCACUCACUCUCAUCCCCCGGGACCGCAGCCCCUUCUUAAGCCCGCGGAGGCUCGGCUGCCCCUCACUCGCCUCUCCCGGCACUCUCCCUCCCGCGAGAUGGCCUCUGCGCUGAGUUAUGUCUCCAAGUUCAAGUCCUUCGUGAUCUUGUUCAUCACCCCUCUACUGCUGCUGCCACUCAUCAUUCUGAUUCCCGCCAAGUUUGUCAGGUGUGCUUACGUCAUCAUCCUCAUGGCCAUUUACUGGUGCACGGAAGUCAUCCCUCUGGCUGUCACCUCCCUCAUGCCAGCCCUGCUCUUCCCACUCUUCAAGAUUCUGGACUCCAAGCAGGUGUGUAUCCAGUACAUGAAGGACACCAACAUGCUGUUUGUGGGUGGCCUUAUGGUGGCUGUGGCCGUGGAGCGAUGGAACCUGCACAAGAGAAUCGCCCUGCGCACGCUGCUCUGGGUGGGCGCCCGGCCUGCACAGCUGAUGCUAGGCUUCAUGGGUGUCACGGCCUUUCUCUCCAUGUGGAUCAGCAACACGGCCACCACUGCCAUGAUGGUGCCCAUCGUGGAGGCCAUACUGCAGCAGAUGGAGGCCACAGGCACGGCCACGGAGACUAGCCUGGGGUCUCUGGAACUGGCUGACAAAGGCAAGAACAGUGAGCUUCCAGGGAACCAAGUGAUUUUUGAAGGCCCUGCCACCGGGCAGCAGGAGGAGCGUGACAGGAAGAGCAUGUGCAAGGCCAUGACCCUGUGCGUGUGCUACGCGGCCAGCAUCGGAGGCACCGCCACCCUGACCGGGACGGGACCCAAUGUGGUGCUCCUGGGCCAGAUGCAUGAACUGUUUCCCCGCAGCAAAGACCUCAUCAACUUUGCCUCAUGGUUUGGCUUCGCCUUCCCCAACAUGCUGAUCAUGCUGCUGCUUGCUUGGUUGUGGCUCCAGUGUAUCUACUUGGGAUUCAGUUUUAAAAAGUCCUGGGGCUGCAGCCUACAGAGGAGGACAAACGAGCAGGCUGCGUAUGAGCUGCUGCGUGAAGAGUACAGGAAGCUGGGGCCCUUCUCCUUUGCGGAGGUCAAUGUCCUGCUGUGCUUCCUCCUGCUGGUGGGCCUGUGGUUCUCCCGAGACCCUGGCUUCAUGCCCGGUUGGCUGUCCCUCGCCUGGGCAGAGGGUGAGACGAAGUAUGCCUCGGAUGCCACUGUGGCUGUCUUUGUGGCCAUUUUGUUGUUUAUUGUCCCUUCACAGAAGCCCAAGUUCAACUUCUGCAGUCAGACUGAGGAAGAAAGGAAAACUCCAUUUUAUCCCCCUGCACUGCUAAACUGGAAGGUGACCCAGGAGAAGGUGCCAUGGGGCAUUGUGCUCCUCCUGGGGGGCGGAUUUGCUCUGGCUAAAGGAUGCGAGGCUUCGGGACUGUCUGAAUGGAUGGGGAAGCAGAUGGAGCCUUUGCACGCUGUGCCACCAGCAGCCAUCACCUUGAUCUUGUCCUUGCUCGUUGCUGUGUUCACAGAGUGCACGAGUAAUGUGGCCACCACCACCCUGUUCCUGCCCAUCUUUGCCUCCAUGUCACGUUCCAUUGGCCUCAACCCGCUCUACGUUAUGCUCCCCUGUACUCUGAGUGCAUCUUUUGCCUUCAUGUUGCCUGUGGCCACCCCACCUAAUGCCAUCGUGUUUGCCUAUGGACAUCUCAAGGUUUCUGACAUGGUGAAAACCGGACUAAUGAUGAACAUCAUCGGAAUCUGCUGUGUGUUCCUGGCGGUCAACACCUGGGGACGAGUCAUGUUUGACUUGGAUCACUUUCCUGACUGGGCUAAUAUGACGCAUAUUGAUACUUAGGGAGAGUCUCAAGACCAGCCACAUAGCCCCACCCUCCUGAAGACUCUUGGAACUUACCUUGCAGCAGAGCUUUGGGAUCCAUGCCUGGAAGUGACUCAGUGAUGCUCACCCCCUCAAGACCCAGCCAAUGGGCCACCUCUUUGCCUAGACUGUGCUUCAAAGAUGGGGUUGAGCAGCUGCAGGGCAGGCAAGAGGUGAAGGGGGCCUUCAGGAGGCUGGUGCCGCCUUCUUUCUGGGGACCUUGCCAUUAUUUCGGGAGUGGGCAGGCUCCUGCUCCCAUUUUGCCUCCAGCUGACCCAACACUGGGCUCUGGUGUCCACUUGUUUAGUCCUGGGGUUUUCUAAGUGGGAACCAGAUCCUCAGCUUGGACAGUGAAGAAACACCUUCCAGAUUCUGUGACUCUUUUGUUCACUUGGGCUGCAUUGGAUUGACCAUUCCUGUUAUUUUGAAGGGGAAACUCCAGUGCAGGGAGAGAAUUUGCUGCUGCUGGGGAACAGAGAUCAGUACCCCUGGACAGAG